ACAGCGAUGCCCAAAACCUCCGGUGGGCUCUUAAGUCACGUGACGUAGUGUAGAACCAAAAUGGCCGCUGUUGUAUUUUGACGUAUAAUAGCUAGCUACUUUUCUUUUUGUUUAAUUCUUGAUACAGAUCUAGAAAACGAGAGAGAUUUUGGAGGAACUGUAUCUUCCCAUCCUCUGUAUAUUGGCGUCCUAGUUUUUAUCUUGAGGACAAUCAAGACUGACACGUAUUUGUUUAACGAGUUAGACUAUGCAUAUUCAGUUCUAAUACAAGCUAGCUAGCUGGCUCUGGCUGGCAGACUGAAGCAACUGAAAGUGAAAUAGCUUGCUAACUUAGCUGUGAUGAUGGAGGAGUUGAGCGCAGAUGAGAUUCGCAGAAGGCGACUGGUACGACUGGCAGGAGGUCAGACGUCACAACCCUGCACCCCUCUCAGCACACCCCUGACAUCGCCACAGAGAGAGACUCCACCUGGACCCCUCCCUGGACCCUCAGGUGCUGCACUCCAGCCCGUGCCACCAGCUGCCUCUCAAUCAUUGGGGCUUAAUGUCCACAGUGGCACCCCAGCCACUUCCCCUAUGGGCACCUCUGGGGUGGCAUACGGUAGUCAGAGCAGCGAGGGUGUGAGCUCCCUCUCCAGCUCCCCCUCCAACAGCCUCGAGACCCAGUCCCAGAGUUUGUCCCGAUCGCAGAGCAUGGACAUUGACCCUGCCUCCUGUGAAAAGAGCAUGUCCCAGGUGGAUGUGGACUCAGGGAUAGAGAACAUGGAGGUGGACGACAGUGACCGCAGGGAGAAAAGGAAUUUGGCUGAAAAGGAAACCUCUGCGAGCUCCGAUGUCUCUGAAGAACAGGCUCUGCAGCUCAUUUGUAAGAUCCUCCGCGUAUCGUGGAAGGAGCAAGAUAGAGACGUCAUCUUUCUCCCUUCGCUGGCUGCUGAGUUUCUCCAGAACCCUAAAGAUGUACACUCUGACUUCAAAGACCUCAUCAGCCAGAUCCUGAUGGAAGUCUUAAUGAUGUCAUCCCAGUCACAUGUCCAUAACCCCUUUGCCAGCUUGACCGCCACCUCACAGCCAAUAGCAGCAGCAAAGUCCCCCGACCACCGUCUGACACUGGUGCAGCCCUCUAGCCAAGGUGGCAGCCCAAUGGGCCCCAACGCAGGGUCCUUUGGUGCCAGCUCUCUGUCCAGUCUUGGUGCAUGUGGAGGGGCGAUGUCCUGCGAUUCAGCCAGCGACGGCUUCACCAUUGAAGCCUGCAAAGAGACAGAGAUGCUGAACUACCUCAUUGAGCGUUUUGACAGUGUUGGCAUGGAAGAGAGGAAAGCUCCCAAGAUGUGUAGCCAACCGAAUGUGAGCCAGCUUCUCAGUAACAUUCGCUCUCAGUGUAUCUCCCAUGUUGCCCUGGUCCUGCAGGGCACCCUGACCCAGCCUCGGAGCCCCCUCCAACAGUCCCUGCUGGUACCUUAUAUGCUGUGUCGGAACCUUCCUUAUGGCUUUAUUCAGGAGCUGGUGCGCAUCACCCAUCAGGAGGAAGACGUGUUCAAACAGAUCUUCAUUCCCAUCCUCCAUGGCCUGACGUUAGCAGUCAAAGAGUGUUCCUUUGACAGCGACAACUUUAAAUUCCCCCUCAUGGCAUUAGCUGAGCUCUGUGAAAUCAAGUUUGGAAAGACUCACCCUGUCUGUAAUUUGGUGACCUCGCUGCCUCUGUGGUGCCCCAAACCUCUGAGCCCUGGCUGUGGCAGGGAGAUCCAGAGACUGUCCUACGUUGGAGCGUUCUUUAGCCUGUCUGUGUUUGCUGAGGACGAUACCAAAGUAGGAGACAAGUAUUUCUCUGGCCCGGCCAUCACCAUGGAGAACACGCGAGUGGUGAGCCAGUCAUUGCAACACUACCUGGAGUCUGCAAGGGGUGACAUGUUCAAAAUUCUCCAUAACAUUCUGUUAAAUGGAGAAACGCGUGAGCUCGCCCUUAAUUACAUGGCAGCUCUGGUCAACCACAAUGUGAAGAAAGCCCAGAUGCAGACUGAUGACAAACUGGUGUCGACGGACGGUUUCAUGCUUAACUUCUUAUGGGUGCUGCAACAAUUGAGCAUGAAGAUCAAGUUGGAGACGGUUGACCCUUUCUACAUUUUCCAUCCACGGUGUCGCCUUGCUGUCAGCCUGGAAGAGACUCGUAUCAAAGCCACUAUGGAGGACCUCAAAAGCUGGCUGACUGAACUACAUGAAGAUCGCACCAAGUUCCCAGAGCCCAAAUUCCCCACCGAGUGCUUCUUCUUGACGCUUCACACUCACCAUUUGUCCAUCCUGCCCGGCUGUCGGCGCUACAUUCGCAGAUUGCGUGCCAUCCGAGAACUCAACAGGACCGUGGAGGAGCUCAAAAACAGCGAGAGUCAAUGGAAGGAUUCUCCCUUGGCCAGUCGGCACAGAGAGAUGCUGAAACGAUGCAAAACCCAGCUCAAGAAACUAGUGCGAGCCAAAGCCUGCGCUGACGUGGGCCUUCUGGAUGAGAACCUGCUCCGCAGAUGUCUGCAGUUUUACAGCACAGUUAUUCAGCUCAUUCUGCGUAUGGUGGACCCCGCCUACCCAAACAUCGGCCUGCCACUGAACCCUGAGAUUCCCAAAAGCUUCGCUGCCCUUCCUGAGUUUUAUAUUGAAGACGUGGCAGAGUUUCUGCUUUUCGUUGUGCAGUAUUCUCCCCAAGUUUUGUAUGAGCCAUGCGUCCAGGACAUUGUCACCUUCUUGGUGGUGUUCAUCUGCAGUCAGAACUACAUCAGGAACCCCUACCUUAUCGCCAAGUUGGUGGAGGUGCUGUUCGUCACCAACCCUGCUGUACAGCCUCGUACUCAGCGAUUCUCUGAAAUGAUGGAGAAUCACCCUCUGUCCAUCAAGCAGCUGGUCCCCGCUCUCAUGAAGUUUUAUACCGAUGUUGAGCACACUGGUGCUACCAGCGAGUUCUAUGACAAGUUCACCAUACGGUACCAUAUCAGCACCAUCUUUAAGAGUCUGUGGCAGAACAUCGCUCAUCAUGGCACCUUCAUGGAGGAGUUCAACUCUGGCAAGCAGUUUGUGCGCUACAUCAACAUGCUGAUUAAUGACACGACCUUCCUGCUCGAUGAGAGCCUUGAGUCCCUGAAGCGCAUCCAUGAGAUCCAAGAGGAGAUGAAGAAUAAGGAGCAGUGGGGGCUGCUGCCGAGGGAACAGCAGCAGAGCCGCCAGUCCCAGUUGACUCAGGAUGAGCGGGUGUCUCGCUCCUAUCUGGCCCUGGCCACCGAAACGGUUGAAAUGUUCCACAUCCUCACCAAGCAAGUCCAGAAACCUUUCCUCAGACCCGAGCUGGGACCUCGUUUAGCUGCUAUGCUGAACUUUAACCUCCAGCAGCUCUGUGGGCCCAAAUGUCGGGACCUGAAGGUCGAGAAUCCUGAGAAGUAUGGCUUUGAGCCCAAGAAGCUCCUAGACCAGCUGACUGACAUUUACCUGCAGCUGGAUUGUGCCCGCUUUGCUAAAGCAAUUGCAGAUGAUCAGCGAUCUUACAGCCGCGAACUCUUUGAAGAGGUGAUCUCAAAGAUGCGGAAAGCUGGUAUAAAGUCCUCCAUCGCCAUUGAGAAAUUCAAGCUGCUAUCGGAGAAGGUGGAAGCAAUAGUCGCCAAGAACUCCCAGUCUGAAAUGGACUAUAGCGAUGCACCCGAUGAGUUCAAAGAUCCGCUGAUGGACACAUUGAUGACUGACCCUGUGAUUCUGCCUUCGGGGAACAUCAUGGACAGAUCCAUCAUCUUGCGCCACCUGCUCAACUCCCCCACUGACCCCUUCAACAGGCAACCGCUCACAGAAAGCAUGCUGGAGUCAGUGCCUGAAUUGAAAGAGAGGAUCCAUGCUUGGAUGAGAGAAAAACAGAGCGGACGGCCUCUGUAAGGACCACAGAUGCCUGGCCUGUUAAUCACCAUGAAGGGAUCUGUCCAAAUUGCCUCAAUUCAGUGUCACGACUACCAAUGAGAACAUGGGAGGGGGGGGGGAGACCUGAUUGAUUUUUAUUUGCAUUUACUCUUUUUUUUUUUCUUUUUUUUUUUCCUUAAACCAUUAUCAUGGUUCUAAACACAAAACAUAAUAAAGCGAAGACUUUUAAGUUUUCUCUCAUGAGUUUGUGUAUAUAUCAAAAUGUUUACAUAUAUUUAACAGUAGUUGUUAAUGCAUUAAAAUGCUGCAAAAACAUCUUUCCAACACCAACAGGAUUGGCAGCGCUGUGAACGGUUCCUUUGUUGCUCAUCUUCCUUUACAGUUCUCAUUUUGUUUUGUAACAUUGUGUAUGUUGACUUCAUUUAAUAUGUGAAGUAUUAUUUCAGGGACAGUGGAGGAAAAUGGAAAAAAAUUGGAGUUCAUCAGAGUUCCAAUAAAAUUUUGAGCCUUGAUUUUUCUCCAUAAAAAAUGUGACAAUAAUGGACUUGAGUACACCUAAACUAUGCUGGUGCCCCACAGCUAAAUAUGCACACUUUAUGCUAAUGGUUAAUGUUAACAGCUGAGAGCAACCAUUUGGAAUGUAGUAAGGUAAACUAACCUAAAAGGUCUGCCCCCUUCUUGGCACCACAGUGAGAUGAGCAGUGGCUUACACCAGCCUGCUCACAUCUACACUUUUAGACACAUUCCUCUCCUUCAAUACACCAGAAUUACUAUUUUGUCAGCAUGGCCUAAAGUCCUGCAUUUCCCAAACAGCUCACGGUCAACUGAUAAUAUUUAAGGGAAAGGUGAAGCAACAUGAGAGGAUGAAGCAUGACCAACACAAACAUCUUGGGAAUACACCAUCAAGUCAUCUCACGACCUUUGACCUCUCAAAUGGCACUGUACCUAACUAGACUUUGCUGCCAUCAAUUGUACAGGAAAUUAUUUCCUUUAACCACAUACCUGUUUUGAAAGCUAGGAUUUUGAACUGAAAUAAAUGAUGAUACACAUUAUAACUCGUCAUUGUUAUUUCCUCAUACUGAUAAGUUAAAUUGUUAUAGUAAAUAGAAUAGUCAUAUGAGGACUGACCGCAUAGUUCUCACACAAAUAUACCUGAAAAUAGACAAUAAUGCAAUCCUAAUAAAACUGAAAAAUACUUGUUUCAUCCUGAGUAGAGGAAAGUUAAAUUAAGCAGUGUACAUUUUUAUAUUUACAAUGAUUUGAUAAAUCUCCAGUUAGUAAAACAAGAUAAAUUC